AUGUCCGUCAAUGGGUUGACCUUUCACAACGAGGCCAAUUCUCCGCUGCCCUUCAUACCGCUAGAUAGUGAGCAAAUCAUAUCUCCUCCAAACCUAGCUGUAAGAGCCAAAAUGGAGCCAGUAUUAAAAGGCCAAAAAUCCGUGCGAAAAUCCAGCAACGAGACCCACAGCAUAAUAUUGGAGGGCCGCAUGUUUGUCACCUCACAACGAUUAGUGUUCUUAAACGCCAACUGCAACGCCAGUGGGAGCGGCAGCAGCGUUCGGGACAUGGUUGUUUUGUUUCGGCAGUUAAAACUUUCGGCAGAUCAAGAGUCCCCUAUAGCAUUAUCCAUGCCGUGGUUUGGAAGCAACAGUGUUACUUUCCAAUUCAAAAUUCUGCCGGAGCAAAGUUCCCACAAUGAUCCCUGGCUCGAUCCUUCCUUAGUGUGGCAGUGCAGCCUCACACUGGAACGGGGUUCAGGACCGGUAAGAGACAUAUUCCGUCUCCAUGAUAUGAUAACCGGCUCCUUGGCCAUAGGUUUUUCCACCAGCGACAGGCCGGAACAAGAUCGAGAACCUUUGCCUCAGUACACUCCAUGA